AUGCCAAAGUAGCACCUUUUGGCUGGCCUCUGCUGGGUCCUCAUGCUAUGAUGGCCCACCUGGAGCCUCCCAGGCAGCGUCCUAGAAUCUCCGUAGGAGUAGUGGUGACUAGCAGCCAGCAUCCUCUUUGUUUCCUCCGCAAGAGGAAAGGGUCAGUUGGAGAGCAGUUUUCAAUUCCCUGGGGCCAUUUGGAGUUUGGUGAAACAUGGGAAGAAGCAGCUCUUCACCUGAAAAAUACCCUCUUUGCCUUAGUUGUGAAUUUCUUUGUUGAGAAAGAAAAUUACCAUUAUGUGACCGUACUAAGGAAAGGAGAGGUAGAUCUGACUCAUGACCCAGAACCAAAGAUUACAGAGCCUAAAAAAAAUGAAAGGUGUGAGCGCGUUCCCUGGGAAGAAUUUUCUCCUUUGGACCAGCUUUUCUGGGCACUGCGUUGUUUAAAGGAACAAGGCUACAAUCCAUUUAAAGAAGACUUGGAUCACCUGGUAGAACACAAAGAACAUCAUCUUUGGGGAACAAGAAGAGAACCUGAUUUAUUUUAA